AAACCCUUUUUUUUAUUAGCCCAAACCCUAACAUUUAAAGCUCUCUCCCCGGUUAGCAGAAGAGAAAUCUGAUCAGAGCGCGGCGGCGGAGGCGGAGGCGGCGUCCUAUUUCCGAGACCAGUCAGAUUUCCUUUGAAGAUGGUGAGAGUAAGUGUUCUGAAUGAUGCUCUGAAGAGUAUGUACAAUGCUGAAAAAAUCGGGAAACGCCAGGUCAUGAUUAGGCCUUCGUCAAAAGUUAUUAUCAAGUUUCUUAUGGUCAUGCAGAAGCAUGGAUACAUCGGAGAGUUUGAGUAUGUUGACGACCACAGAUCUGGAAAAAUCGUGGUUGAAUUGAACGGACGAUUAAACAAAUGUGGUGUUAUCAGCCCUCGUUUCGAUGUUGGUGUCAAGGAUAUCGAGCCUUGGACUGCAAGGCUGCUCCCAUCCAGACAGUUUGGUUACAUUGUGUUGACUACAUCUGCUGGAAUCAUGGAUCACGAAGAAGCUCGUAGGAAGAGUGUCGGAGGUAAAGUACUCGGCUUCUUCUACUAAGCAUGAGCCUUCUCUCUCUCUCUCUAUCUCUCUCUCUCUCUAGGUGGCUAAUAUAAUUGUUGACUUUUCAUUUGGAGAUGAGUACCCUUUUUUUCUUUUUCCCCUGCUGGAUCUAAUUUUAUGUUGAAUGUUCUUUUGCUAUUGUGACAAUAACCCAGUUUUGCGAUUUGAAUUAUUUCGUUUUGUGUUUAUUUGAUUUGUUCUGGAUUU